AUGUCGAGAAGCAAGGCCCGCGAGCUUGCAGCCAUGCUAGCAGAUUCCUCUUCACUGGGGAGCCGUGAUCGCCGCUUGCCAAGCCUACCUCGGUGCACAUCAGCGUUGAGGCAGAUGGCUGGAGCACGUGAAUGGCAGAAUGCUACAGCCUUGCUGGAGGAGAUGUGGCGCCAGGGCCCGUGGCCGGACGCAACCUGCUUAAAUGCGGGGAUUGGGGCCUGCGCCAGAGCUGCAGCGUGGCAAGCAGCCUUGUCAUUGCUGGAAGUGAUGCCCACUGCAGGCCUUGAAAGAAACUACAUUAGCUUCAAUGCUACGAUCACAGCCUGUGCGCGUGCUCGUCAUUGGGAGGUGAGCCUCCAGCUACUAAAUGCCAUGGAAGAAAACCAGAUCGCAUCAAGCCCUGCAACCUUGGGUGCCGCUGUGUCGGCCUGUGAGCGCGGUUCUCACUGGCCUGGCGCAUUGCAUUUGCUGGAUGAGGGCUGGCAAAAGGGGCCCGAGCCCAAUGUGUUGGCCUUGAGCGCAGCUAUGAAUGCAUGCGGACAGGGGCAAAGCGUGGAGUCUCAGGUGGGCCCGUUCUCAUCAUGUGGAUUGAGCCAGCGCAACCUUCCAGGUAUAAAUUGUGAAAUUACCUUUUCAGAGUGUUCGGAGUUUUCGAAACGGUGGACACGCUAA